AUGGCUUGUGGUUCUAUCAAUAAUCAUAGUCAAAUUGAUGGCACGAACAAUAAUACGUCAAAGACUACAAUUAAUCGUGAUGGCGAACCUCUUAUGUUGCGUAAGAAUGAUCAAAUACAAGUCGAUACUUCAUUACUACCAAUAAAAACAGCAAGUAAAAUAUCAUUACCAUCAACAGAUGAACAAUCAAGUGAUCAACCACCUAUAUGUCGUCUAUGCCAUUCUCAAGGUACAAAUGAUGAACCGUUAAUAUCGGUGCAUGAUUGUUUGGGUACAAUACACUAUUUACAUCGAUCAUGUGCAAACAAAGCUGACGUUGAAUCAGGUGAAUUUAUAGCGUACGCAGAAACAGAACCAUUUAAACAACGGCAAAAAUUAAAUAUGAAAGCUGGUGAAAUAUGUAAAUUAGUGUGCUCUCUUGCAAGCAGUUUAAUACUUGUUCUUUGUGUUCUAUGGAGUCUUUAUGUAUUAAUUGAAAAAACAAGAGAGGAAGUUAAGACUGGAAAGCUUCAAUGGCCGUUUUGGACUAAAUUAAUCGUUAUUAUUAUUUUUCUCUUUGGAGGAUUGCUUUGUCUUUGUGUUCAAUUCAAAAUGUAUAUUAAGCAUUGUAUUCGUUGGCGUCGGCUUAAUCGACGUAUUUUAAUUCGUUCAAGACAUGAACAAGAAAAUGCUGAGGAAUUGCCUCCAAGGAUGAAAUAUUCCAAAAAGAAUCAUGAUGAUUCUAUUCUGACAAUAUCUGAUGGCAAUAAUUGA